AUGAUCAUUUCAUAUCAUGAUCGUCAAAAAAGGUUUAUUGAAAGUAGUGUAGAUUCAUUCUACAGAAACUUGAAAAUCGAUCAAAAAUUCACCUUUGAUUAUGUAAUUGUUGGUGCUGGUUCAGCUGGAAGUGUCGUUGCAAAUAAACUAUCUAAUGAUCCAAAUAAUAAAGUAUUAUUAAUUGAAGAAGGUGGAUAUUCAACCGAUAUUUAUAGAGCAAGAGAUACAUUACAAUAUGCAGAGCAUUUCAUUCUGAGUCCUGAUAUGAGCAUUACAAAGAUCUUUCAAAAUGCAAGGUAUGAAGCGACCAAUAAUCGUGUGAUCGAAUCGUUGCGUGGAAAAGUUGCUGGUGGUUGCAAUGCCAUCAAUGGUAUGGUUGCUUCGAUCGGUAAUUCCUAUGACUACAAUGAUUGGGCUACGAUCACCGGUGAGUCUGCGUGGGCGUGGAAUAACACCGUCUAUCCAAUUCAUAUUCCCGAUAUAUUCGAGCAUAUCCCUUUGAAAUACAAUAAUGAUUCCGACAGUAUCAACAGUGAGCUAAGAGAUGCGCUGGGCAAUCUCGGAUACGAACACAAUACCAAUCAAUUCGAUGGAUCUACCUAUGGAUUUACACUGAGUGUUGCUACUCAGAAGCUAGGUGAAGAUGGACUACACCAUCGUGUUACUUCAUUCUCACAGUAUGUCGAUUCCAUCAGUAGAGUUAGAAACAACUUAUCAAUUUUCGUCAGACACAAAGCGCUGAGAAUCGAUUUCGAUACAACUGUGACACCACCCAGAGCCAAAGGUAUCUAUCUGAAGAAUGUUUUCAGAGGAGAGUAUAUCUAUGUUGAAAUCGGAAAGGAAUUGAUUCUCUCGGCUGGAGCAUACGAUUCACCUCUGCUCUUGCAAUUCAGUGGUGUAGGAGAUCCCAAUCAUCUCUCAAAGUUUGGAAUUGAAACUGUGAUUAACUCACCGUAUGUCGGUAAGAACAUGGUCGAUCAUUUAUCGAUGGCCGUUGUUGGUAGACCACUCAAGUAUCAUGGACAAAGAGUAUUCAAGAGAGAUGAUUCACCUUACAAUGGAUAUCGUGUAUUCGGACCAAAGUCAACUGACAAAAAGAUAAAAUGGGUUAACAGCAUGGGUGCCAUUCCACUUCCACUGAUAUUUGGAACGAGAUUCCUCUGCUCCAUUGAGAUGGUCGCACCUACCACCGUUGGUUAUAUAGAGAUUGAGAGACUAGAAUAUGAUAACGAAACCUUUGAAAGACCACUUCUCAGAGUCAAUCAUCUAAGUGAUCCAGUGGAGAUGGACUAUGUCAUCGAUGGUCUCAACUCUUGUAAGGACACUGAAAGAGAACUCAUUAAAAUGGAUGUGAUCAAUGAACAUGGUGGAUCGUUUGGUUUAAUAGAUAUAACAGAGACCAAUAUCGAUAGAAUCAAGAGUUCAAUAAGAAGUUCCAUUAUGACAGCCUAUCAUCCCCAUGGAACUCUGAGAAUGGGACCUCAAGAUGAUAUCACCUACCCAACCAAUGGACAACUAAAACUCAAAGGUUCAGCGAAUAUACGUAUCAUUGACGCAUCAGUCAUACCAAUAUCACCAUCUGGAAAUACCAACUUGCCAAGUAUCAUUGUUGGACUUCAAGGAUCCAAGUUUAUUCUUAAUGAUAACUAA